UCAGAUUUGUCGUUCCGAACCAUGUCGACACAAACAACGCAUCCUGGUGAGCUGUCGCUUGCGAAGCUGCUCGCGACAUUGACAACCACCCUCCGUCCUACGACCUACGUCUUCGCUGUGAUCCCGGACGAAACGAAACUACCACCUUUUACAGAAGUGGAGAUGCUUUUCCGCGAAGCCAAAACCGAAGGCAUCACAGUCAUUACUUCACGCGACUAUGCCGAGUCACAUGGCAUUGAGUACGCGUUUCCGUGUCGCAAAAUCACGCUCGACGUCACGUCGAGUUUAGAUGCUGUAGGGUUCAUUGCUGUCGUCGCGACCAGGCUUGCUGCGGCUGGGAUGGGCGUCAAUCCGAUCAGUGGAUUCUACCAUGAUCAUCUGUUUGUACCCCUUGGAAGGGAGGAGGACGCGCUCGAGGUCAUUGCUGAGCUGGCCCAGGAGAAGAAGAAGGAAGCCAAGGUUUGAUGGGUCCUGAGGAAAGCAAGCAGUGAUUACGAAGGCUGAAAGGUGUGAAUCGAACCAGGGUGCGAACAGACAGGCCGGUCAAACGACACGAGUCCGCCGGUUAAGUUGGUGGGAGCGAAAUCGAAGGAAGCAGCAUGAGCAAGAACGGCGUUUCGGGAGUCCGAUGCGGGCUCGGCCAGCUGGCCCGAAGUGCCGGAGAGUUUAGCCGCUUGCCCCCCGCCUUUACACCGUCAAACACCGCGUCUUCCUCCCUCCUCGCGUCUUGCAACAUCGUCGUGUCAGCAUUGAGUCUCAUUGUUAUCCAUCAAUAAUAUGAUCACGCUGC